CUUGAGAACUACAUUGUGGAAAACAUGAAAUCGGAGAUGGUGCAGCUGCAGCAGAAUGCUGUGCAGAACCAUACCGCUACCAUGCUCGAGAUAGGGACCAGCCUCCUCAGUCAGACAGCAGAGCAGACGAGAAAACUCACGGAUGUUGAAACCCAGGUGCUAAAUCAAACAUCUAGACUUGAAAUUCAGCUACUGGAAAAUUCACUGUCAACGUACAAGCUAGAAAAACAGAUGCUACAACAGACCCAUGAAAUUCUGAAAAUUCAUGAGAAAAACAGUUUACUUGAGCACAGAAUUUUAGAAAUGGAAGAAAGGCAUAAAGAGGAGCUGGAUACUUUGAAGGAGGAAAAAGAGAACCUACAAAGCUUAGUCACACGACAAAGCUACAUAAUUCAAGAACUAGAGAAGCAGUUAAACAAGGCAACAAGCAAUAACAGUGUCCUGCAGAAACAGCAGCUUGAAUUGAUGGAUACAGUUCACACUCUGAUCACCCUCUGUUCCAAGGAAGGAG